CGAGCACGGCUUCCUGGCCGAUAGUGCCGCCCUGACUUGCUGAUAAAGCAGAAUCCACCCAUCUGGCUGCAGCAGAGGGGCCGGGAGAGCUGGCUGCUCGAAGGCAGGCUCUCUCCUUGCCCUGCUCUUCCCCCCGGUGCCAGCCCCCCGUGUCCCACCCGGCCGGGGAGCCCUGUGCUGCCGGGUGACUCCUCGCCGGGCUCCGGGGUGGCCGCCGUUGGCGUAGCCCGACGACCGUAACAUGGUCACGACUCGCUCCCUGUUGGGUCGCUGGAGGUGAGCCAUGGCGGUGUGGAUCCAGGCGCAGCAGCUCCAGGGCGAAGCCCUGCGCCAGAUGCAGGCGCUCUACGGGCAGCACUUUCCCAUUGAGGUGCGGCACUACCUGUCGCAGUGGAUCGAGAGCCAGGCCUGGGACUCCAUCGACCUCGACAACCCCCAGGAGAACGUGAAGGCGACGCAGCUGCUGGAGGGGCUGAUCCAGGAGCUGCAGAAGAAGGCGGACCACCAAGUGGGCGAGGAUGGCUUCCUGCUGAAGAUCAAGCUGGGGCACUAUGCCACCCAGCUGCAGAACACCUACGACCGGUGCCCCAUGGAGCUGGUGCGCUGCAUCCGGCACAUCCUCUACCACGAGCAGCGGCUGGUGCGGGAGGCGAAUAACAGCCCCUCGCCAGCCGGGUCCCUGGUGGACGCCAUGUCCCAGAAGCACCUGCAGAUCAACCAGACCUUCGAGGAGCUGCGGCUCAUCACGCAGGACUCGGAGAAUGAGCUCAAGAAGCUGCAGCAGACGCAGGAGUACUUCAUCAUCCAAUACCAGGAGAACAUGCGCCUCCAAGCCCAGUUCUCCCAGCUCUCCCAGUUGGGCCCCCAGGAGCGCCUGUCACGGGAGACGACGCUGCAGCAGAAGAAGGCGUCGCUGGAGGCCUGGCUGCACCGGGAAGCCCAGACACUACAGCAGUACCGCGUGGACCUGGCCGAGAAGCACCAGAAGACCCUGCAGCUGCUGCGCAAGCAGCAAACCACCAUCCUGGACGACGAGCUGAUCCAGUGGAAGCGUCGGCAGCAGCUGGCGGGGAACGGGGGACCCCCCGAGGGUACCCUGGACGUGCUGCAGACCUGGUGUGAGAAGCUGGCAGAGAUCAUCUGGCAGAACAGGCAGCAGAUCCGGCGGGCAGAGCACUUGUGCCAGCAGCUGCCCAUCCCGGGCCCGGUGGAGGAGAUGCUGUCGGAGCUGAAUGGCACCAUCACCGACAUCAUCUCCGCCCUGGUCACCAGCACCUUCAUCAUCGAGAAGCAGCCCCCCCAAGUGCUGAAGACACAGACCAAGUUCGCGGCCACCGUGCGGCUCCUGGUGGGAGGGAAGCUGAACGUUCACAUGAACCCCCCCCAGGUGAAGGCCACCAUCAUCAGCGAGCAGCAAGCCAAGGCUCUGCUGAAGAACGAGAGCACCCGCAACGAGAGCAGCGGGGAGAUCCUCAACAACUGCUGCGUGAUGGAGUACCACCAGGCCACCGGCACGCUCAGCGCCCAUUUCCGCAACAUGUCCCUGAAGCGGAUCAAGCGCUCCGACCGCCGUGGGGCUGAGUCGGUGACGGAGGAGAAGUUCACCAUCCUCUUUGAGUCCCAGUUCAGCGUUGGUGGUAACGAGCUGGUCUUCCAAGUGAAGACACUGUCCCUGCCUGUGGUGGUCAUCGUGCACGGGAGCCAGGACAAUAACGCCACGGCCACCGUGCUCUGGGACAAUGCCUUUGCCGAGCCUGGCCGUGUCCCCUUUGCCGUGCCCGACAAGGUGCAGUGGCCACAGCUCUGCGAGGCGCUCAACAUGAAGUUCAAGGCGGAGGUGCAGAGCAGCCGUGGGCUGACCAAGGAGAACUUGGUGUUCCUGGCACAGAAGCUCUUCAACAGCACCAGCUCCCACCUGGAGGACUACAGCAGCACCACCGUGUCCUGGUCCCAGUUCAACCGGGAAAACCUGCCGGGGAGGAAUUACACUUUCUGGCAGUGGUUUGACGGGGUCAUGGAGGUGCUGAAGAAGCAUCUAAAGCCGCACUGGAACGACGGGGCCAUCCUGGGCUUCGUCAACAAGCAGCAGGCGCACGACCUGCUCAUCAACAAGCCCGAUGGGACCUUCCUCCUGCGCUUCAGCGACUCGGAGAUCGGCGGCAUCACCAUCGCGUGGAAGUUUGACUCCUCCGAGAGGAUGUUCUGGAACCUGAUGCCUUUCACCACCAGGGACUUCUCCAUCCGCUCCCUGGCCGACCGCCUCGGGGACCUCAGUUACCUCAUCUACGUGUUCCCCGACCGGCCCAAGGACGAGGUCUUCUCCAAGUACUACACGCCGGUUCUCUGUGAGUCCACGCCAGCUAAAGCCGUGGAUGGAUACGUGAAGCCACAGAUCAAGCAAGUGGUGCCAGAGUUUGUCAAUGCAUCAGGCGAUUCUGCCCCUGGAGGGGCCACCUACAUGGACCAGGCUCCUUCGCCCGCCGUCUGCUCCCAGCCCCAUUACAACAUGUACGCCCAGAAGUAG